AUGCCCGAAGGUCCAGUAGUAAAUGGCCUCUUCCGCCAUAACAACACUACCCCUCCAGCGCAGGAGAGUGUUAUGGCUCUCUUCUCGCUCAAGGGGAAAACUGCCGUCGUCACCGGCGCAGCAUCGGGUAUCGGGUUGAGCGUCGCACAUGCACUCGCGGAGGCUGGCGCCAACGUUGCCAUCUGGUAUAACAGAAACAGUAAAGCCGUUGAGGAGGCUGCAAACAUCGAGUCUAAAUAUGGCGUUAAGUGCCGUGCAUACCAAAUAAACAUCCGCGAAAGCGAAAAGGUUGAAGAGCUGUUGAAUACAUGCGUCCGCGAAUUGAACGGUCGCCUGGACAUUUUCAUCGCCAACUCCGGGAUUCCGUGGACUCAAGGACCCAUGAUCGAUGCUCCGCUUGACCACUACAGAGACGUGACACAAACCGAUCUAGAUGGAACAUUCUAUUGUGCCAGAGCCGCUGGCGCUCAUUGGAGAAGGCAGAAGACCGAGGGUACAGAUAUUUUUGGCAAUCCUCUACAAGGCUUCACAUACGGUAGUUUCGUUGCGACUGCUUCCAUGAGUGGACACAUUGUCAAUAUACCACAGCUCCAAGCUGCGUAUAAUGCGGCUAAGGCCGGAGUGAUCCAUUUGUGUAAAUCACUUGCCGUGGAAUGGGUUCAGUUUGCGCGCGCGAAUACAGUCUCGCCUGGAUACAUUAUUACUGAUAUUUCCACGUUUGUUCCUGACGAGACAAAGGAUAUUUGGAAAGGUAAAAUUCCGAUGGGUCGGGAAGCUCUGCCACAUGAGCUCAAAGGUGCCUAUCUGUAUCUGGCUUCGGAUGCGUCAAGUUAUACUACCGGUGCGGAUCUUGUUGUGGAUGGAGGUUAUACUCUACCCUGA